AUGGAGGGAACCAUCUCGCCGCUUUGCCUACGUUCUUCCUCGAGUCUCUGUUUCCUGUCCAAUCAUUUAUCACCAGAUUCUCUGGGAUUUACAUUGCUUCAUUCUCUCCGACCGACGAACUUGGUUUCCCUGAAUAGACGGUCGUCGUCACUGCGGCUGUUUCUUUCUCCGACUAGAAGCGCUCUCCGUACACCGACACUUUCCUCGGAGGAAGUAAGAGAUGUCCCGAUGCCCAAAAUAGAUAAGAGUGGCCGAUUAAGCAGCCCUCGAGCCGCUCGCGAACUCGCUCUGGUGAUACUUUAUGCCGCAUGCUUAGAAGGCUCGGAUCCAAUUCGUCUCUUUGAGAAGAGAAUAAAUGCAAGAAGAGAGCCUGGAUACGAGUUUGACAAGACUUCUUUGUUGGAAUAUAACCACAUGAGCUUUGGAGGACCCCCAGUUAAAACGGAAACAAGUGAAGAGGAAGAUGAGCUUGUGCGCCAUGAUGAAAACGAAACGAAAAUUGAAGCAGAAGUGCUUUCAGCUCCACCAAAGCUGGUGUACAGCAAACUUGUUUUACGGUUUGCAAAGAAACUCUUGGCUGCAGUGGUUGAUAAAUGGGAUAGUCAUGUCGUUAUCAUUGAGAAAAUUUCCCCGCCAGAUUGGAAGAGUGCACCAGCUGGAAGAAUACUAGAGUUUUCGAUUCUUCACUUGGCAAUGUCUGAAAUGGCAGUCCUUGAAACCCGACACCCGAUUGUCAUUAACGAGGCUGUUGAUCUUGCAAAACGGUUCUGCGAUGGAUCAGCGCCACGCAUAAUCAACGGAUGCCUAAGGACAUUUGUCAAGGAUAGAGCAGCAACAUCAACACCUCAAGCUCUAGAAUUGAAACAAGAAGUGUCUGUUUAA